AUGGACUUACCGGCUUCAUAUUACGGGGAACUUGAUAAAAGAAACCCAGUUAUUUUGGCAUUUGAACAGGACAUUAACUCGUUUAUAACACUGAUGAGACGAGUCGUUUCUUCAUCCAGCCAAGACAAAAACGGCUCUUAUGCUAAAGGGAUUAAAAUCCUGGUGGAGAUAUGGAAAAAUUACAAACAUCGACUGCCUUCGAGGUUGUACCAGGAGCGUAUGUUGCAAAUUGCAGAUUUUCUCUUUGGAAUAAAGUUGUACCAGCUGGCUCUUUGGCAGGGCUAUAGUCUCCACCUGCUGCAGUUCAACUCAGUGAAAAUAACAGACGUCACAGAUGUGGACCACUUCAUGGCCUGCUUCUUCCCUGAAGGUUUUGAUACAGACCAAGAUGCUUUUGCCAUGAAGAUCCGUGCAAUGCAGGGCUGUGCCCUGUGUAUAUUUGAGCUGGAGAAAAGGCACGGCGUCCUCAGUCAGAAGGUACUCCGUAAACUGCUGUGUGUGCUGAACUUCAUCAGGAUCAUGAUGCGGGCUUUUCAGCAACAUGAGCAACUCUGCUGGCAAAUAUAUAAUGGUUCGUUACACAUCUACACCAUCUGUCGUUAUCUGAUGACCAUGAAUUGUAGUGCACAGGCACUGGAGUACCUUCUGUGGGCAAGCAUCAGUUUAGAGCUGUCAGUCCCUCUGAUGACUGCUAAGAAUCUGCCAUGGAUUGUUACACUCUACUGUUCUGUCUGCCACUGUUACUAUGACAACCAGGCUGCAGUGCAGGCAGAGGAAUUUUCCAGGAGAGCCCUUGGAAAAAUCCAUGAGCUAGCAAAGCUAGAGGAGCAGAGUGAAGUUCCUGCCACCAGAGAGACCCAGAGAGCUUAUAAAGAAGCCUCUAUCAAGCUGGGUGCCAUGAUUUUCAAGCGGGCAGUGUAUGAGGCCAGAAGGAGACCCAAACCCAUGUUCAGAGUCAAAACCAAAAGCACACUUAAAGACAUACCUAAUGUGCCAUGGCCCCGUACUACAACAGAGCACAUGCUAAUGGGCCUGUUUGACAGCAGCGCAGCACAGUUCUUGGGGAUCUUAGAAGCACUCUGGGACAGCACCAGACACCCACUGCAAACAGGGAUGCCAGAUGAACCAGAGCUGCAGCAGGUGAUCCUGGAACUCCUGUCUGCUGGCAUCAGUAUAUUAUCUGGAGUCGAAACUGUAAGUGAGCAAAGGUGUGAUGACCACACAUACAUGUGUCUUAGUGCAUUGACACCAACAUCCACUCUAAUAGAUUUAGCCAUUAAAGGAGAAAACAAAGUUCCCUUCAUGUCUGCUGUGAGGUUCAUUAAACUACUAUUCCAGUACAAGCAGCCAGAUGCAUUCACUGAACUUGCCAGAGAGAUGCUGCAGCUUUUGUCAGGAGUGGAAGGACAGUCAUUCAGGAAGGCAGAGAUGGAGAUCGCUUUACUUGAUGGCUUCAACAGUCUGCUGUCUUCCCAGAGGAACUGUCCUAAACAAGACAACAUGAUUGAUGACAGACACAAGUCUUCAUUCUCAAUGAGUGAAGAGUUAAUUUGCCUGGUACACACCCUGCACAAGGCUGUUUGUGGCUGUGCUCCUGAGGUGCAGCCAGAUGGGGACCUGGUUUUGGAUGUUGUGUUAUUUCUGUGGGGUCAAGUGAAAGUGGUCAUGCAGCGAGAUAAGCUGCAAAACCCAGAGUUUACACACUACCUUGAGAAGGUAGAUAAUUACGACAAGUGGCUGUGGUGUCUGUCUAGACUGUGUGAGGUGGCCUUUGCCUGUGACCUGGCAACUGUGGACUGCAUAAUGACGACAGAGAUGAUCUACACAUUGGUCAUACAGCUUGAGAAUGCAGCUGAACGUAGUAAUAAAACACAAUGUCCAGGUGAGUGAUUAGCUCCUGAAGGAGAUGGUGAUGGUGUGAAACCAAGCUCUUUCUCUCUUCUUGAGAGUUCAAGUACCCAGCUGCUUCAGAAGGUCUGUGAAGUGGUGAGGAGCGGUCUUAAAACUCUGGCAAAAGGUGUAGCUGCACUGUUGCCCCAAGAUUGCUCAUCAGUCACUGACUCUAGCUUCAUGCAGAAAUUUUGUCCCCACCCUCCACCGACUCCCUCCCUAUCUUCUCUGACAUCAUCAGAAGAGGGAAGUGAGGAAGAUGAAAUAAGUAAGAAGGAACAAGAAGAAGUGGAAACUAAGGCAGAAUCAGAUAUUAAAAGCUCUCAAGAUACUCAGUCCACACGUGUGCCCCUGCUGGCUACAGACCUUCAUCUAGAGCUGGAAAUCAUCUACCACAGGGCUUCCCUCAAGUUACUGCAGCUAAAUGCAGUUGCAGAGUCUGAACUGUUGGAUCGGAUCAAGAAGAACAAGGUGUCUGAAGCUCUUUUUCUGAUCCAAAAAGCCUUGUUGGUGUACAACAACAUGGAACCAAAUAAGAACAACAAAACCAAGAGACUGCUAGAGGAGGCCUCCUCCCUGAUAGAGAAAGCAGGAGUAGAGGAGAGAAGACUGUUUAUCUCCUCCACCUCUAAGACUCCAUCUGAAAAUAAAGUCAAAGUAAUAAAGGAGGAAGAAGAACACCCUCCACCACCCCCUAUCCUACUCUCACGCACUGAAAACUCCUUAACCUUUGCCCCAGCACCUUAUAAUUUGGAGGGACAAGUGUGCUGGUACCAGCUCUGUGGCCAUGCCGCUGAGGGCAUUAACCACAAAGUCCGCCUUGGAGACUGCAGCCUGCCAGGAACUGGAAAUAUGGUACCAGCAAUAUCUGGUGAGUGCGUGUUGAGGGUCGAGGGGCUGGUGCCCAACCAGAAAUAUGUGUUUGCUGUUGCAGCCUACAACAGCCAGGGAAAGCUACUGGGCAACACCAUAGGGGGGAAAACAUUCCCACUGCUGGCAUCGAUGCCUGUACCACUGCUUUCCGUGUGGGCUCAUUUGGCUCAGGUGGCAUUUCAAACAGAGCAGUAUGCCUUAGCAAAGAGAGCCUGCAGGGAACUGUGGAACCACUAUACCAUCCCUGACCCUGGGUACCACAGUACACAGGAUAGAUUCGCUACCACAAGGCUGCAUAAACAGGCCCUAAAACGCUCCUCUCCUCACCUGUGUCAGUUGUUCCUCAAUUCCAUCUUCAUUGAGACAGAGAUCAACAUUCAGCAAGGAUCUCUCUACUGUGACUCAUUCAGUGACAAGGGACCAUUUAUCUGGGAACAGGAAGCCAGACUGGCAGAAUGUGAGCGAAUGCUGGUGGCCAUGGACUUGGCGAUGUGUUUGAAUGAUCGUAUUGCUGCCAUGCAAGCUGUAGUAAGCUGUUAUGGCCUCUUGGCACCUCUAAUCUUCCAUCAGAUCACUUGCAACCCUGUGGUACAGGUGCUAAAAAAAUGCUUGAUAGUGUUGGAGGAGAACUCAGGUCUUCUCAAAAAAAAAUGGAAUGGAAACCUCUCAGAGUCAUUUAUGCACAUGAUAGCCUGCAUCACCUACUACCUGUCGAAGACAUUACGUGUGCUCAGGGAGCAUCAGACGGCUUUUGCAGUGAUGGACUGUGGUCGCAGGCUGCUCCAGGAGGUCUGUGAUGCCCAGCUGCAGAUCAGGAGAUUUGUCAAUGAAUCUGUGGGUUCUAAGACGGUAGAUCAUGCUGCAGUCAAGGGUGAAAUGAAGAUAAGUCUUCAGCUGAAGGCACUGCAUGUGAAGAACAAGAAAAUAAUCACAUCUGAAGCAGCUCUCACCACAGACAAUGAGGUUUCACGCCCAAUGACUGGCAGGGAGGAUCCCACCAUAUUGUACGAUCUGAUCUCUAGCAGCACAUUACAGGACGCCUAUCAAGAUGUGAUGAAGCUCAGACGCAAGAUAUAUUUCACUGAGUAUGCGGUGCUACUACUCCAGAGAACCAUGGAAGAAGGCCAGCCAGACCUUGUGUUAAAGUGGGGGAGAAGCAUAUUUGAAUUCCUCUCCAGGCGGGACGAGGCAAUGGGACUGUCUAGAAAGCGUUUGGAGGGAAACAGUCACAGUAAAAGAAGAAAUAGUGUUCAGGCUCCGAAAGGAAAUGAACCAUCUCAGCAGAACAAGAACACACCUUCUCAUGAUGAUGCAAGAAAAAAAAUAAAGCAGAAAAUGCGACAGAGCAUGCUUCAGAGAGUGAGAACUAACAGGGAGAUGCAGGCUGUGGAGAACCUGCUUACCAUGAUGUCGUCUGUGGUGCAACGCCACAAGAGACAGCUUCAACUGAGGAACAUGUGCUGUGAGGAGAGAGUGUGGAGGUCACAUCUUAACUACAGCAUGGCUCAGGCACAUAUAGCACUGCUUUACCAGGGCCUGGAUCAGCUGCAUGGCGGAGUCCUGCAGCACAGGUACAGCCAGUUAAAUCGCUUGUGUUUCUCUCUGGCCUACUCGGGUGUUCUGGUACGGAGGACCACACAGCAACAACAGUCUUCCAAAUAUGAGGUUGUUUCAGAUAGAGACUCCUCUCACUCCGGGCUUAGGGAUUAUAUGACUUCAGACAAAGACAGGCACAAAAAGGAGGUUAGAGCUGAUGAUUGUGUCACAGAGGAGAGUUGUGAGGAGGGAGAGGACCUCUCUCAAACUGUAGAACAGCAGAUUGAGAUGCACAGGCGCACUGCUGCCUUGCUGCUGGACUCACUUAACAAAGCUGCUUUACAUCUCCGAAGGGCCAUGGUGUUGGCCCAUCGUGGCAGCUACUGGACCACUCUGCAAUGUGUGUGUCAGACUGUGUGGGACCAAAGCUGCAGAAUUGCCUUCCUUGUACAGACAGGAGUUCAGCUUGAACCUCACUCCCCCCUGACAGAAGAACAGCUGCACACCACCUUCACGCAGCUACUGGUGCUGGCUACUGACCUAAUCAUGGACAUGAUGAACAAACUAAAGCUGUGGAGUUAUUAUGACAGUGACUUGACUGAGGAGGACCUAGAGUCCAGUCUUCACUAUUCAGCCCCACUGGAUGACAGCACCCAGGUGGACCUGCGUUGGGUCUGUACCUUGGUGUUGCACACACUGGAGCGACUUCAUGAAAGUGGCAAAUGGGAAAGCCUGGCCCACUUUGCCUUACUUUUCAACUCAUACACACGGGAACGUUAUGCCUUGAUCGUAACUCCUCUACUAGUCCAUGCUCAGAGGAGGCUGGUUGAAAGGAUUAGUUGGUUUGGAGGACCUGCAGUUCCACAACCACACCAUGUCAAGACACAGAACGCCACUGGCAAGGAGGUAACUUGCCAGAGCUACGCAGGCUGCCAGCUGCUCAGUGGGUGGACCCCCCACCAUGCACAGCAACCACCCAUUCUCAAAAAGGCAGCACUCACAAACUCCACUCCUCAACAUGCAGAGGAGCUUAAAGGUGCAGAAAUACAGCACUCCUUGUCCCUUGUGUGCAUUCCCCUGGAUGUAGAGGACACACUGAGGUGUUACCAUCAAGCUCUAGAGAGAAGACCACAUUGUCUUCGGGUCUUCCAGCAUAGUCACUCAUUACUGUUGCUGCUUCAGGCAUACACACAGCCCUGCUUUGCAGCACAGUUGCGACACUGUCAGAGCGCAAGUCUCAGCCAUUCUGCAAGCCUGGUGGAUUUCAGUCCCUUAGUUAUGCCAACUCCAAACAUCCAACCUUGUGACCUGACAGAGGAAGAGUACAGUACUCCAAAUGCUCUCUACAGCCUCCCUAUCAGCACUGACCACAUGCCGACUGUCACUGCUGCAUACUCCAACUCCAUUAAGUAUCUCCAGGCCAACAGUCAUGACUCCCUCAGAGUUUUGGCACUGCAUGACAUGGGAAACCUACAUUUCUACAAUGGAAACAGAAGGGCAGCACACUCAUACUGGAGUAAAGCUGUGGAUUGUGCCUUACGGAGCUCAGGUGCAGUAGAGAAAUGGGAUGGCUUGUCAUUUGGAAGUGGCUCCCUGCAACAAACCCUGAAACAGGCUGGCAUUUGGGGAUGUCUACAGGCUGCUGGGCUCACUGCUAAGAUUGCACAGCUUAUCUUAACUUCUGAUAUCAGCCAGCGGACCAAGUGCUGUCUCCUUUCUGCUCACCUCUUUAAGUGUGUGCUGUGCUGCUCCCUGGCUCAACCCCAAGAUGAUCUCAAGUAUGCCUCCCACAGCAUCGGAGAUGAACUGCUCCCUGGAGUUGACCUUUUCUCUGAAGCUCACAGGGUUCAACUCGGUACCACUGUAACCAGCCUUAACUUCAUCUGCCACUGGCUUUUCACCACAGGCUACUACAUCACGCUACUGCCCAUACUAGCUCUUUACCUACAUUUUGUGGGGACUGUGUGCAGAGAUGUGCAACACACUGUGGAGGGCAAAAUACUUAAGAUACGUGCCCUUACUGAACUGUGUCUGUUUACUGAAGCUGCAAAGGAGGCAGUUCAGCUCACACAAGGAAUAGGUGUCCUUCUGCCUCAUGGACACUACAUUGCCAAAGACGAUUGCCAACCUGGGAAGACGUUCUACAGCAACAAGUCUCUCCUGGACAAUGCUGAGGCUUUGGAAGAACUUGUGAACUGUGACUGUGCUCCAGUGGUCCAAACGAUAUAUGGAUCCACAUUGUGCCUUCGAUUCAACCUGGCUCGUAUUCAACUAGUCCUGGCACUCAGUAACACUGUACAUGGCCCUCCUGUGCCAGAUUCUGUUGAAGGAGAGGCUUGUGCCAGCAUAACAAGUUGUUCAGUGAACUCAAAACAGCAUGAACAGGACAGACUGGACACUGAGAGCACCUGUCUUAAGACAGAUAAGCCAAAAGUGCUAGAUCUGGAUACAGAGAAGGAGAAGCUCACUCCAGAAAGGAUUAAGUUCCUUUUGUUAGAGGGAGCGUCCUCCUUGUUGCACUCAGUUUCACAGCAGCUCACAUCUCAGUGCUGUAGUGAAAUGGAAAACCUGGAACUGGCAAUAGAGUCCAAUCUUCUAAAGGCCAAUCUCUACCAUCAGCAGCGACAUACUGCACUUAGUUCUGAGAUGGCAGUUUCAUCCUUGGUGCUGCUGCAGACGUCUCCUGUAAUCAUGAGAGGAUCCAUACCUGGCUCUCAGAAACCUGUGUCUGAGCUCCCACAUCCCAGGGCUCGAAGUGAACGGGUAACUAAAGAUUGCAGUGUGUCAAACGCUCUCCAUGGAGACUGUCCCAGAGCAAUUGAGGCAAGUGAGAGAAUUGGAGUUUCUCUGUGGCUGCGUUGCCGCCUGGCUCUGGUCCGCAGCAUGACUGCACACAUCCCUGACACCACUGUCCUUUUUCCAGGUAAGAACGUUUAUGAGGAGGCAGCUCGGGUGAUACAGGAGGGUCUUGACGAAUGUGCACUGUGGGGAGACCUCGAUAGUCAAGCCCUUUUGAUGGUCGAAGCUGCGGAAUUGGAAGCACAGAGAGGCAAGACAGAUGACAGCAUGGCAGUGCUGCAGGAAGCAGUGAGCCUACUGUCAGGACGGACAUGCAUACCACCAAGGUCCAGUGUGACUCUGGCUCGGGCUACUUUGCUGCUCAGCGACCUGAGAAGAGUACAGAGCACCACACUUCUAAAGCUGACACAGAAACUACUGCAAAAACAGCUAUGUAUUUUUGGUGAGAAUGUGGUGUUGGAUGAUGGAAAAGUGUGUUUCUCUCCUCCCGUACCCAGCAACAUCUACCUCCCAUAUCUCAGCAUACUGGAUCAGACCACUUUGCGAAUUGGUCGCAUCCAGGAUCUCAGUGCCAUGGAAAUGCCAGUGUCUGCACAGUCAUUAGAAUCCACUUCCAGGCAGCAUUCGCACAAGUCCAGCCAGACUGAGAGAGACUCUCAAGCACCAGUUCCAUCUCUGAGAAAUCCAAGCACCUCCAAUCCUAGAAGCCCACAAAGCUCAGCCGGAUAGCCAGAAUAGAAUAACACCAAUGAGGUGUUGCAGUUAGCAGUGCUCUCUCCCAGCCCUGUGCCUAUUGAGAAACAUAGCUGGAUUCUGAAUUGGGUAUAGAGCCACUAGCAUGUGUCUUUGUUUCUGUUCCUUUGGAGCAUGUUUUGUUAAAGAGAGUUAGAGUUAGAGUUAGAUAGUUAGAGUUAGAUAAGAAGAUCAAUACCACUCUCAUGUCUAUCAAACUACCAUGUUAAGUUAUGAUGAUGUUACAUAUAUAUAUAUACUGUAAAGUAAGUAACAACCUUGAAACUUUAGCAUCUGAAGAAAGUAGUGCCUUAAUCUAAACUCAUUCAACAGCA